UUUUACAAUAAUAUAUUCAUAUACGUUUAAACAAACUUUUUAUAAAUUUAAAAAAAAAUAAAAAUUGAUUUUUGUAUUAUAACACACGAAUAAAAUGUUAAAACAGUCGAAAUUUGUCAAUUUGUUAGCUUUCAUACUUUUGUAUUUUUAUACUCAUAUGUGUGACACAACGGGAAUACGAAAUCAAAGAUUACAAGCGGCUGCGUAUGAUAUUUUGCACACGAAUAGAGUGUUCUUAUCGUUAGCUGAGGAUGUACGACAUUUCCUGUUAGACAUCAUAUUAGAGGAAUUAGAUGAUAAUGACUAUGAUAUCAUAGAAUUAAAACUGUGUCCAAGCAAUAUAGAUAGCAUACAUACUACUAUAGAUGAGUGUGAUCCACUUGGAUAUGGAAAUAGUUUAGGAAAUAAUGAAGAUGUAAUUUGUCCAGAUACAACAGAACACUACCUAAGAGAAAACUGGAGACGCUGUUUUAAUGAAAAGACAAUACUUUGGGGAUUUUUUCCCAAAUAUAUCGAUGAAAAUUGGAUAAAGAGUUGUGAGCCAAUUAGAAAAAUUGGAGAGGUCGUGGACUAUCAAUUCAUAGUUGACAUAAGAAGGAAUUUAAUAAAGAAAGCAGCAAUACGAUUGUUAUUUCACGAAUAUGCUAAAGAUGAACUGUGUGGAAAGAAAAAUAAAAAAUGCACAUUGGCAGGAGUUUUGAACUUAUUGACUACGAAAAAUAUAUUUAAACAAACAGGAGGAUGUGAAAACAAUCAAUGUAUUUUUAACGCAAUAAAUAUGAAAGGACAGAAAAUAGGAGUAUACAAGUUUUUUGACGCCAAAACUUCGAUAAUUUCAGAGAAACAAACCUUUUGUCAAAAAAAUGACGAAGAGCCUAUAUUAUUUCAAACGUUUUUAUUUAAUAACGAAAAUAUAAUUGUAUAAAUUUAUAUUUUACAAUUAUUUAUUGUAAAAUGUUUAAUUAUAUAUAUAUAUUGUAAAAAUAAGUGAAAUGAAACUUUUCUGAGUACAUUGAGUAAUUUAAUAAUAUUUUUAAACACAAUCGAAGGACUCUUUUCUUAAAAAACAAGAUAACUCCAUUUUUCAAAAUUUUCCAAGAAACAAAAAAAAACUGGACAUUUUUAACAUAUAUUCCUCUCUGCCAAUAAUUUUUAAAAACACUAUAUUUUUCAAAUAAUUUAUCAUAAAAAUUUUCUUGGAUAAAUUAAUUUCUCGUUUCUAUCUUAAUUUAGAACCGUCGCAAUUUAUUUCGAAAAAAAAUACUAAAUUUACCUUUUUUUUACACAGAGCCCUUCAUUUUACUCUUAAACUAGUGCUAGUAAUUAAGAAUUAUAAAAAAAUAUGCAAUAGAAUAAUAAACUAAUGAGCAUAAUAUUAAAAAUAACAUAGGUAUGUACAAUUUUAACAUUAACUCUGACCCGACAUUCCUUUGAAUAUUAAAUAAAUGGUAGUUUUGCAAAUGUCCACACAUAUUACUUUUAAAUAAUUCUUAAAAUAGUUGGAUGUAAAUUAUAAGAAAAGUUCAAUGUCAAAAAUAUUCUAUUGUGUACCAAAGUGAUAUAAUAAAAAUGAUUUGUAAUUUAAA